AUGACUGAAUACGUCCAAGAAAGAACGCAGCAGCAACCUGAGAACCCAUUUGCCUCCUUAAUCCCCGAUCAGGCCAUCGCCAUCAUUCCGUCCUUCACGUUGGAAUCAGGUGUCACCUUGCACAAUGUGCCCCUGGCAUACAGCACACGAGGAAAACUUUCUCCAACCCGAGACAAUGCUAUGGUUAUAUGCCACGCCUUGACAGGCAGUGCAGAUGUUGGUGACUGGUGGGGUCCUCUGCUAGGGGGCCCUGGGAGAGCAUUCGAUAUCUCGAGGUUUUUCGUUAUUUGCAUGAACAGUCUGGGAAGUCCGUAUGGUAGUGCCAGUCCUGUCACAUGCAAAGAUGGAGAUCCACAGAAGGAAAGAUAUGGACCAGAAUUCCCUCUCACCACGAUCCGGGAUGAUGUGAAUCUCCACAAAGUUUUGCUGGAUGAUUUAGGGGUCCGACAAAUAGCGGUCGCCAUAGGAGGUUCGAUGGGAGGAAUGCUAGUUCUGGAAUGGGCAUACUUUGGGCAAGAUUACGUUCGAUCGAUUGUUCCGAUCGCAACUUCGAGUCGGCACAGUGCAUGGGGGAUUAGCUGGGGCGAAGCACAAAGACAAAGCAUCUACGCGGACCCCAAAUAUGACGAUGGAUAUUAUCCCUUUUCGGACCCUCCUUCUGCGGGCCUCGGCGCGGCACGCAUGUCAGCUUUGCUCACAUACCGGAGUCGAAACUCGUUCGAAGCUCGAUUCGGACGAAACACUCCAGAUGCGUCAAAGAAGCAAACAACCAGCGAGGCUCAGCACCCAGCAGAUGUACACUUAGCAAUCCAUAAUGAUGGUCAUCGUGCAACCCGCUCGCCAUUAUCAGGGCCACGAAGUUCUGCAAACCUCCAUACUGCCCAGACAAACGGGAACUCCAACGGGGACUCCAGCUCUGUCGAUUUUACAGAUCCUCAGUUUCAUUAUGCCACUGUGGGCACGCCGUUGAGCCCCCAGAGAACGACGUCGACCUAUUUCUCAGCACAAUCAUACCUUCGCUACCAAGGCCAGAAGUUCGUUAAGCGCUUCGAUGGCAACUGUUAUAUUGCCAUUACUCGCAAAUUGGACACUCAUGAUGUCUCCCGAUAUCGAGCGUCCCCCGAUUCCGAAAAUCCAAUUGCGGAUGCUCUUGCGCAAAUCGAGCAACCAACCUUAAUCCUUGGCAUCGAAAGCGACGGACUAUUUACCUUUGACGAGCAAAAAGAAUUGGCCAGUUACAUACCCAACGCACGAUUGCGAAAGAUAGACUCUCCAGAAGGACAUGAUGCAUUCUUACUUCAAUUCGAGCAAGUCAACCAACACAUCUUAGACUUUCUGCGAGAGGUCUUACCUGAUAUUAUGGAGGCUCCUGGAAAUACAGAUGUUGCUGCUGAGGAUGGAGUGGGUGCUGUAACGAAGAAUAGCACGUUUGGUGAAGCGGAGGUUGAGGAUAUGACCGCAUGGUAG